CCUAGUCUUGCAUUGCCCUGGACUUGGGGUCCAGAGACUAAGAUCAGCUUUGCAUCUCUAGUCCCUGCAACCCCCUACCCAACUUCCACAACUGGAGACAAGAAGUAUAUACAAGCUGAACCACCCACCAAUAAGUCCUUGUCUAGCCUGGUUGUACAGCUGCUACAGUUUCAGGAAGAAGUUUUUGGCAAACAUGUCAGCAAUGCACCGCUCACUAAAUUGCCGAUCAAAUGUUUCCUAGAUUUCAAAGCAGGGGGCUCCUUAUGCCACAUACUUGCAGCUGCUUACAAGUUCAAGAGUGACCAGGGAUGGCGGCGUUAUGAUUUCCAAAAUCCGUCACGCAUGGACCGCAAUGUGGAAAUGUUCAUGACCAUCGAGAAGUCCUUGGUUCAGAAUAAUUGCCUGUUUCGACCUAACAUUUUUCUGUGCCCAGAUAUUGAGCCUAAACUGCUAGGGAAAUUAAAGGACAUUGUUAAGAGACACCAGGGAGCAGUCACUGAAGAUAAGAACAAUGCUUCCCAUGUUGUGUAUCCUGUCCCAGGAAACCUAGAAGAAGAGGAGUGGGUACGACCAGUCAUGAAGAGAGAUAAACAGGUUCUUCUGCACUGGGGCUACUAUCCUGACAGUUAUGACACGUGGAUUCCAGCCAGUGAAAUUGAAGCAUCUGUGGAAGAUGCUCCAACUCCAGAGAAACCUAGGAAGGUUCAUGCAAAGUGGAUCCUGGAUACAGACACCUUUAAUGAAUGGAUGAAUGAAGAAGACUAUGAAGUAAAUGAUGAGAAAAACCCUGUCUCACGCCGAAAGAAGAUUUCAGCUAAGACACUGACAGAUGAGGUGAACAGCCCAGAUUCAGAUCGACGUGACAAGAAGGGGGGGAACUAUAAGAAAAGGAAGUGCUCCCCCUCUCCUUCACCAACCCCAGAAGCUAAGAAGAAAAAUGCUAAGAAAGGUCCAUCAACACCUUACACCAAGUCAAAACGUGGCCACAGAGAAGAGGAGCAAGAAGACUUGACAAAGGACAUGGAUGAGCCCUCUCCAGUCCCCAAUGUAGAAGAAGUGACGCUACCCAAAACAGUCAAUACUAAGAAGGACUCAGAGUCAGCUCCAGUCAAAGGAGGCACCAUGACUGAUCUAGAUGAACAGGAAGAUGAAAGCAUGGAGACCACGGGCAAGGAUGAGGAUGAGAGCAGUACUGGGAACAAGGGGGAGCAGACCAAGAAUCCAGACCUGCAUGAGGACAAUGUAACUGAACAAACCCACCACAUCAUCAUUCCCAGCUACGCUGCCUGGUUUGACUAUAACAGUGUUCAUGCUAUUGAGCGGAGAGCUCUACCUGAAUUCUUUAAUGGCAAGAACAAGUCCAAGACUCCAGAAAUAUACCUGGCUUAUCGAAACUUCAUGAUUGACACUUACCGACUGAAUCCCCAGGAGUAUCUCACAUCCACUGCCUGCCGCCGCAACCUGGCAGGUGACGUCUGUGCCAUCAUGAGGGUCCAUGCCUUCCUAGAACAGUGGGGUCUUAUUAACUACCAAGUGGAUGCCGAGAGUCGACCAACCCCGAUGGGCCCUCCACCCACCUCUCAUUUCCAUGUACUGGCUGACACACCCUCAGGGCUGGUACCCCUGCAACCCAAGACCCCACAGGGCCGCCAGGUUGAUGCUGAUACCAAGGCUGGCCGGAAGGGCAAAGAGCUGGAUGACCUGGUGCCAGAGACGGCUAAGGGCAAGCCAGAGCUGCAGAGCUCUGCUUCCCAGCAAAUGCUCAACUUUCCUGACAAAGGCAAAGAGAAACCAACAGACAUGCAGAACUUUGGGCUACGUACAGACAUGUACACAAAGAAGAAUGUCCCCUCCAAGAGCAAAGCUGCAGCCAGUGCCACUCGAGAGUGGACAGAACAAGAGACUCUGCUACUCCUAGAGGCCCUGGAAAUGUACAAGGAUGACUGGAACAAAGUAUCUGAGCAUGUGGGAAGCCGCACACAGGACGAAUGCAUCUUGCAUUUUCUUCGCCUUCCCAUUGAAGACCCGUAUCUGGAGGACUCAGAGGCCUCACUGGGCCCCCUGGCCUACCAGCCCAUCCCCUUCAGUCAGUCGGGCAACCCUGUUAUGAGCACUGUUGCCUUCCUGGCCUCUGUCGUCGAUCCCCGAGUCGCCUCUGCUGCUGCAAAGUCAGCCCUAGAGGAGUUCUCCAAAAUGAAGGAAGAGGUACCCACAGCCUUGGUGGAGGCCCAUGUUCGGAAAGUAGAAGAAGCAGCCAAAGUGACAGGCAAGGCAGACCCAGCCUUUGGUCUGGAAAGCAGUGGUAUUGCGGGAACCACCUCCGAUGAGCCUGAGCGCAUUGAGGAGAGCGGGACUGAUGAGGCACGGGCAGAGGGCCAGGCCGCAGAUGAGAAGAAGGAGCCCAAGGAACCCCGAGAAGGAGGCGGGGUCGUAGAGGAGGAAGCAAAGGAGAAGACGAGUGAGGCUCCCAAAAAGGAUGAAGAGAAAGGGAAAGAAGGUGACAGUGAGAAGGAGUCAGAGAAGAGUGACGGGGACCCCAUCGUUGAUCCUGAGAAGGAGAAGGAGCCCAAAGAAGGGCAGGAAGAAAUGUUGAAGGAAGUGGUGGAGUCGGAGGGGGAAAGGAAGACAAAGGUGGAGCGGGAUAUUGGUGAGGGCAAUCUCUCCACUGCUGCUGCCGCUGCCCUGGCUGCUGCUGCAGUGAAGGCCAAGCACUUGGCUGCUGUUGAAGAGAGGAAGAUCAAGUCUUUGGUGGCCCUGCUGGUGGAGACCCAGAUGAAAAAGUUGGAGAUCAAACUCCGGCACUUUGAGGAACUGGAGACGAUCAUGGACCGGGAGCGAGAAGCACUGGAGUAUCAGAGGCAACAGCUCCUGGCUGACCGGCAAGCCUUCCACAUGGAGCAGCUGAAGUACGCAGAGAUGAGGGCCCGGCAGCAGCACUUCCAACAGAUGCACCAACAGCAGCAGCAGCCACCUCCAACCCUGCCCCCAGGCUCCCAGCCCAUACCCGCCACAGGGGCUGCUGGGCCACCCACAGUCCAUGGCCUGGCUGUGGCUCCAGCCUCUGUGGCCUCUGCUCCUGCCGGCAGUGGGGCCCCUCCAGGAAGCUUGGGCCCUUCAGAACAGAUUGGGCAGGCAGGGCCAACUGCAGGGCCACAGCAGCCUCAACCAGCUGGAGCCCUUCCACCUGGGGCAGUCCCUCCAGGGAUCCCCCCCCCUGGACCCCAUGGCCCCUCACCGUUUCCCAGCCAACAAACUCCUCCCUCAAUGAUGCCAGGGGCAGUGCCAGGCAGCGGGCACCCAGGCAUGGCGGCCCAGAGCCCUGCCAUUGUGGCAGCUGUUCAGGGCAACCUCCUGCCCAGUGCCAGCCCACUGCCAGACCCAGGCACACCCCUGCCUCCAGACCCCACAGCCCCGAGCCCAGGCACAGUCACCCCUGUGCCACCUCCACAGUGAUGAGCCAGCCAGACACCUUUCCCCUCACCCCCCACGGAGAUCUUGGUUCCAGAAACAGCCUUCCCCCACCACUGGGACCCUUCCCCAGCUGGAGAAUUCAGCACUACGUAAGGAAAGCUCCUCCUGCCCCUCCACAGCCCCCACAUGCCAACAGAGGCAGGCACUUUUAUAUCGGAUUUUCAAAGACUUCUGUUUAAAAAAGAUGUUUCUAAUGUCUGGGAGAAAGGAUAGGAUGGGAUGGGUGCCCUCAGAGGGCUGGGGAAAGGUGUUUAUAUAAGGUUCUACUUAACCACUUCCAAGGGUGCAUUCCCCUCAGAACUACUGCAUUUUUUUUU